CUGACUCAAAUUGAAAGGUCUGAACUGAGCAGACUCCAAUCAUUUUGUUCCCUUUUCUGUCUGUUUUCCACCUUUAAUAUCUGCCAUCAUGCCGAUGUGUGGAGGGUUAAGCGAUUUGAAAGAGGCCGACCCCAAAAUCCAGGAGAUCUGUGACAGCAUAAAGGCCAGUGCAGAGGAAAAAGCUGGGAAGAGUUUCGCUGUUUUCGCAGCCAGGAACUACAAGACUCAGGUUGUGGCCGGGACCAACUACUUCAUCAAGGUUCAUGUUGGAGGAGAAGCUCAUGCUCACCUGCGUGUCUUUAAAUCCCUGCCACAUGCAGGAGAAGAAGUACAGCUGCAUGGAAUACAGCACCCCAAGAGCGUUGAAGACGAGAUUGUGCACUUUUAACAAGAUCCCGAAACCAAACAAAGCAUCAGUGUAUCCUGAAAGUAUCCUGUCUCAUAAGAAGACAACGUUAAAUGCAGUUUACAUGUAUAAGAUGUAACAACAUACUGUAUUGUAAUGUAGAUCAUGUUAUAAGGAGUCAAAAUGGAACUAUUUUGUACGACAUAAAUGAAUCUGAUUUGUUCAGAGA